AUGAAAAUGUAAUUGAGGUAAGUCCAAUGCCCUUAUUCACCUAAUUAUCUGCUUCGAAGUUUGAAGUUUUAUCAUAAUAUUUAUCAGAGAGAGGAUAUGACAGAUGUAAAUGCUAUUAUUUCUGAUAAUCCAAAGAAUGUAUCAAGCAAACCACCAAAGUCCCCGAAAAGGGACAGCUCUUUGAAUAAAUAAAUUAAUGCUGGAGCGAAUGGUCCGCCUUCUGAUACCCAACAGCAAGAAGCAGUUCCACAGUUUUCUACAAAUCCUGAUCAAAAUCCGCCAACUUCUCAAAUAAAUAGUCAAUUGCCCUAAAAUAGUACUAACUCUAACCAAGGAAAACAACCCAAGAUUAAUAAUGGACUAGUUACUUAGUAUGGAAGAUAAUUAUCUGGCAAUCAUGAUCUUGAAUUAAAUUUCAAGAAGAAAUCUAAACGAGCAAAUGAACCUAUCACUUAAUAGAAGAUAUCCUUUAAGGCAGCUAGGAUGUCUUAAGGAGGGGACAGUGAAAAGAUUUCACCACUAGAAUAAAAAUCUGGGACUCUAUAGAAGAAUACAACUAUGCGAAUUUUAAAGAAUUAAAACAAUAUGGCUCCUUUUCAGAGCAAUGGAUUUUCUAAGUUUUCAUAGUAGAGAACAAUAAAUUUGAACUUUUUUGAUGAUCUCCAACUUGGCUUCGAAAAUGUUGAUGUCUAAAAUUUAAACUACGAUGGCGUCAGUAACAGUGUUCAUAAUCAAGGCAAGCCUGAUUAAUGGUUUUAAGAUCCGAAUUUUUCGGUUAUCUAUAAGAACCCAAAAGGAAGUGAAUUUUUAGACAAUGGUGACUAUGAAGACGAAAAAAUGUAUGAGUCUAGGGAACUCGAUACACCACAACUGGUUGAUAGUGCUAGGAAUGUAAUGAUGCCAAAGCAUAUCAAUAUGUCAAUUACUCCUCCUGCUCACAGUAAUUCAUUAAGGGGAACACCAAUGUUUAUCGAGAAUUAAAACGGAAAUUUAAACCAUUAAGUUUCCAUCCAGCUGAAUAAUCCUAGUUAUAAUAGCAAUGCUCAAAUCUAAUAAAAUCAUGUGUUUAUUGAUGAUCUGCAUAACUCAGAAUUAGACAUUGGUGCCAUUCAUCAUAAAAGCCAAACUUCAAAAUUUGCCGAUGAUGAUUACACUACUUAAAACAAGGAUUCUGAAGAAAAUGACUUUAUUCCGAAAUUUAGCGUUCUGAAUAAAAACCAGACAAUGCAGACGGAUGAUCAUCUAUUGAGGCCAAAGAGCAAAUCAUAAAAAGAUAAAAAAAAGCAUCCUAUAAAUAUGGACUUAACAAAAAGUGAAGAUCAAUCUCUGAUGGAAAGAAUGAAGCGUAGGAUGGAACAUUCAAUCGUCCACAUAGAUGCAGAUUUGGACAAUUCUGAUAUCUACAAAAGAUUUAACUAUGAUAUUAAUGAGAAGCCUCAACUUGAUGAUAAAAGAGCCAAGGCAAUGAUUAUGAAUUAGUUUUAAGAUUAUUAGGCAAAGGGAGCUAAUGAUGAUAAUUCAUUUCUGAUGAUUGUUGAUAAACUGCCUAUUGAAAGAGUCGAUGACUUUGAAGGUAGAUGUAUAAGAUUUAAACAAAUCCUCUGCAUAACUAGAAUAAACAUAAAUCAUCUGGCAUUUGCUAUUAUAAAAUCAAAACUAUUUGAAGCAGUGUCCCUACUUGUUAUUGUUGCUAAUAGUGUAUCCCUUGCUAUUGAGGAUCCUACUGAUAAUACUCCUAAAGAUUAUCAAGAUUUUAUGGAUACAUUGUUUUUGGCUCUUUACACCAUUGAAAUGGCUCUUAAAAUUAUUGGUCUUGGAUUUGCAUUUAAUAGAGGAGCAUAUCUUAGAGAUGCUUGGAAUAUAAUGGAUUUUGUGAUUGUCGUUACAGCCUAUCUUCCACUUAUUCUACAAGGAGGGAGUCUUAAUCUUUCAGGUUUAAGAGCAUUCAGAGUUUUGAGGCCUUUAAAAUCUAUAUCCAGUAUUGAGGGUCUCAAAGUUAUCGUAUCAGCAUUGCUAUCCUCACUACCUUUACUCAGAGACACAAUUAUUGUGCUUUUAUUCUUCUUCUUUAUCUUCGCUAUUGCAGGACUCUAACUAUUUGGAGGAUAUUUGAAGAAAAGAUGCGUUAAUAUAGAAACUGGAGUUGCUCAUCCCGAUGAUGAUUUUUGUGGAUAUAAAGAUUGUGACCCAGGAUAUUUUUGUGGAAAGAGAAAUGAAAAUCCAAACUUCGGGUAAACGAGCUUUGAUACUAUUUUCUACUCACUUAUUGCAAUUUUUACAAGUGUAACACUUGAAGGGUGGACUGCUACCAUGCAUUAAAUAGAUAAAUCCUUUACUAAUUUAUCCUUCUUUUUCUUCAUACCACUAGUCUUUAUUGGGGCUUUUUUCCUAAUGAAUUUGACAUUGGCAGUUAUAAAAUCCAAGUUCACCAAGCAGCAUGAGGAUAGAAAAUUAGAAAAAUAAAGAGGAAUGGGAAAUAAGAAAGCCCUUGCAAAUGAUUAUGUUGACUAUGACUAUCUCGAUGAAGUGGCCAAAAAAAUUAGAGAGGAAAAUGAACUUGAAUUAAGAAAAAAGAUCUUGAAAAAAUGGAGAAUGAUUCUAUUUAUCAAAGAGAGAAUACGAGUAAGAAUUAAGCAAUAUAAAGAGAAAAAGAUUAAUAAUGACACCUAGACGAAUAAAAAUAAAACAACCUUUGCGAGUACAGGACUUGAAAAUGCUGGUAAUACUUUAGGAUAUGAUUAUGGUCUACUGUUUGGAACUCUAGAAUAAAACUAAGAAGGUGAAUCUCAAUAAAACUCUUCAGCCAAGUUAGAAUUAGAGACUCAGCAAUCUUAAAGAUAACUACUUUAAAACUAAAGCAGAUCAAAUGCUUAGCAGAUAAAUCUAGCAAUUCUCGGAGAUGAAAAAAAUGUGAAAAUUAGUAAUAAUGGAAACAAGAUUAAUAUUCACACUCUUAGAAAUUUCGAUCAUGAAGCAAUUGCUGAGGAAGAUGAUGAGUAUAAAACUGAGUUCAGUAAUAUAAUAGCAAACAACCGUCAUUUUAGUAAUAAACAUCUUUAAUCAUCUAAAAAUGUAAGAAAUGGUAGUAAUGGCAGUAAGUCUACUCCGAAAUCUGGGACUUAAAAUGAUUAGAGUGAGAUAAGAAGACUUUCUUCUAGAGGAUUAAACUUUAACAAUCAAAUUCAAUUCUUGAAUAACAAUAAACCUGACGGAAUACUGAUAGAGUCACCAGGAAAAAAGAUAAAAUUAGUAGGUAUGUAAUCAUUCAAGAAAAAUGAUAAGAACAAGAGAAGGGAGUAACAAUAGGUUCUCGACAACAACAUCCUUAGUGUCAGAAACUCUAGAAGAUUGUCAAAAAAAGUAAGCAUAGACGGCUAAUUUUUCAUUGACUUUGUUAAUCAUGACCUUGAUAUACUUGAGAAAAACUUUUCUGAAGACCAGUUAGCAGAUAUUGCUAGGUAGGUUGAAGAAGUUGAAAACAUAGCGAACACAUCUUAGAUUCUAGAGAUGAUAGAUGAUGAGUAAUUCAGGGGUUAAUAGUUCUCAGAAAUAUCAAUUCUAACUGAUGAUUUCUUGCAAAGAAAUCCAAACUUCAUUCCAAAUAUGAGAUCUGAGGAAGAAAUUAAUGAUGAUAAAAACUAAACCCCUCAUACUUAAGCUACUGGAUAGUUUGCCAAAAGCGGCAAUAACUACUAUAGACAAAGAUCUAAGAAUACUAACCACUAUUUUAUGAGCUAAGAUCUUAGUAUAUCAUAUGAGUAUGAUGAUAAUCAAGAGCAAAUCCAUAAUUAAAUUGAAAAUUACCAAAAAAUAAAUGAAUCUCCCUAGACAUAUUAAAGUAUUUCUAAUGAUAUCAUAAAUUCUAAUGAAGUACCAAUCAAUCGCUAAAUCACAGAUUUUUCAGGAUCUAAUAAUAAUAUAAAUCAAAGAGAUAAUCCAAGAGGAUAUAAUAACAAUUAUGGAGGGAGAAAUGGAAAGAAGACUGAGUCUACAGCAACAAAUCCUCAAAACAAUCUAUCGCACAGCAAUUUGACUACUAUUAAUCAAAAUGGUACCAUUUAGUCUGAUGCUAAUCCUCUCAUAGUUAAUUAAAAAACAAGAGAUGGAAAGGAAAUGAGAAGAAGGACAAUGGGCAGCGCUAAAAUUAUCCCCUAUGAGUUGAACUCAUUCGAUCCUAAGACUGCAGAUGAGAUAAUAAAAAUAAGACAUGGUCCAAACACAAUAUCUAAUUAAGAUACAAUUCCAAUUGAUAAGUCUGUUCUUAACUCCAGAUUCCUCAUUAGUGAUUAUCUCUAAAAGCACUAAAAAGUUUAUAUUAAAAAGGAAAAAUUUGACUUUAAUUUUGCAAGUCAAGAUAUUUUCGAAUAGAGAGAGGAAAUUAUGAAGGAAAAGAUAAAGGAGGAAAAGAGAAUUACUGCAACAUCAUAUUCAAAGAAUUUCGGUCUAAAACCUUACUAAAAAAAGGUAUGUUACUCGCCUAAGUUAUACACACCAGAUGAAGACUAGAUUGAGUAUUUGCACUAUCUUGGUCUUGAUCCUAGUGAACUCAUGACACUUAUCUAGUUACAGUACAACGAGCCUUAUAUUACAAAUAUCCAUGUUACUGGUACAUUAUCAAUAGCUAUUCACGAUAAGAAAGAUAUCAGGACUAAUAAAACGAGGAAGAUACAGAACAUAAACUUAAAAAUGGAUGAUAAUGAGGAGAUGUUCAAUGACUCAUUUAAUCAAAGUAUGAGCGUUUUUAAUGGUCAAGGUACCAAUAAUAGCAUAAAUGCAUAAUCUCCUCUGAAGAGAUAUAAUAAGACUACCUUCUCAGGGACAAGAAAGUAAAAUCUAAGGAUACUUGGAGAGGCUGAUCAAUUUAAUAACGACGUUAAAACUGAACUCUUUAUGAAGAGCACCACUAAUGUAAUCUUAUCCAAAUCAAUUAAGAGAGCAAAGCCAAAUGUUUCACUUAUAGGGGAAAUAAGGAAAAGACAAGGUGGAUAGUCCGAAAAUAAUUAAACUGUAAUGGAUAGUGCAGUUAAAAGAGAACUUCUAUUAAAAAAAGCAGCAGCUAAAGAUCCUUAACUGUAAAGAAGACUCAUAUUAAGUGAAGUAAACAGAGAUGCAAACAGAUCAGAAAUUUUUAGAAUUAUCAGAAACAAAAGAUUAAAUAGAAUGACUUAAGAAGAGAAGGAUAAUAAUCCAAAGGUAGUAGCCAUGCUUAAAAUAGAGAAGAAUGAUGAUGAAGAAGAGGAAGAGGAGGAAGAAGAGGAAGACACUAACAGCGAGGAAGAAUAAGUAAAUGAUGACUUCCUUGAUUGGCCUUUAGAAUGCAGAGUUGAAAUCCUCAAAGCUAAGAAGAAAGCCAUUUCUAGCAAGAAAAAUACUGUGCAAUGGAGUGGCUAAGAUGUAUUAACUGACUUUGAUCCUCAACAUGCCUUUAAAGCUAUCAGCUAGAUAUCAAAAGUUAGAAUUUGGCCUAAAUGGAUUUUCGGAUAUUGGAAACAAUUUCAAGUGCCACUGAAGCUUUUUGUCAAAGGCCCAAUCUUCGAUAACCUAAUGACAGCAUCUGUGUUUGUAAAUACAGUGGCUCUAGCUCUUGAUAAGUACGGAAUUAAUUCAACUGACCAGUAAAACUUGUCAACAAUGAAUACUAUUUUUACUUGGAUAUUUAUCUGUGAAUUAAGCUUCAAGUUGAUUGGUCUAGGACCUGUAAAAUAUUUCAAAGAUAAAAUGAACUACCUUGAUUGUAUGGUCGUUAUCCUAUCUAUUGUUGAGAUGACCAUCCUUAGUAAUUCAGGAACUAAUCUGUCUGCUUUUAGAUCCAUUAGAAUAUUCAGAACUUUCAGAGUCUUGAGAGUAGCUCGUCUUUUGAGAUCUAUGUAAUCUAUGCAGGUCAUUAUUAGUGUACUCAUUAGAUCCAUGGACUCAUUCAUUUACCUUGCAUUACUUCUGAUGCUUUUCAUCUUCAUCUAUGCUUUACUCGGAAUGCAAAUAUUUGGAGGAAACUUUGACUUUGAGGAAAACUUCAAUGAUCCUCCUGGAGUCCCUAGAACCAACUUCAAUAAUUUCAAUUCAGCAUUCUUGACUACCUUUUAGAUUUUGACACUUGAAGGAUGGCCUAAUCUUUUAUAUGAUGCCUUAAGGUCAGGAGUGUCUUAGCCAAUUUCUAUUCUGUACUUUAUAUCCUGGGUAUUUCUUGGAAACUUUAUGCUGCUCAAUCUCUUUCUAGCUAUCUUGCUUGAUUCAUUUACAGAGGAGACCCCGCAUAAAAGUAAUGGAGAAGAAGGUGAUGAGAAAGCUAUUAGGAAGAAGCAUCUAGAAGAACUAGGAAAGAAAGAGGGCUAAGAACUGAUUGAAUACUAUUAGGAAGCAAAGGAUCAAAGUGGCAAUGAUAAGUCAAAGAAAGGUUUGGGGGUAAAAAAGAAAAAGAAGAAGAAGAAGAGAGAUGAAAAUAUACUUGAUGAAAGCUUUGAGUUCACUAAAGAAGCCUUGACCAAGAAGGUGGUAACAAAGAAAAAAAAAGUGGAUUUCGAGGGAGUUGACUGUAAUCUCAGUUUUUACUUCAUGACUAAAAAGAACAAGCUUAGAAUAUUCCUCUAUAGAAUAGUAACUCACACAGGGUUUGAAACUGUGAUUCUGAUCCUUAUUAUCUUAUCUUCAAUUAAACUAGUGGUUGAUACUUACAUUUAUGAUUAUCCUGAGGACGAUUUAAUCCAAGUAAUCUCUGCAGAUGUAGAUUAUUUUUUCACAGCCAUCUUUGCUAUGGAAAGUGUACUGAAAUCCUUAGCAUUCGGAUUUAUUCAAGAUAAGGGAAGUUAUCUAAGAGAAACUUGGAGUUAGCUUGACUUUUUCAUAGUCUGCACUUCACUAAUUGACGCCUCAUUCGAAAGUGUUAAUCUACCUAUCAUCAAGAUUCUUAGGCUAUUAAGAACACUUAGACCACUUAGAUUUAUCUCGCACAACUCAGGAAUGAAAACUAUUGUUGUUGCUCUCUUAGGUUCAGUAUCAGGUAUUUUUAAUGUGCUUAUUGUUGUUGUUGUUGUUUGGAUGAUGUUUGGUAUUUUAGCUGUCAACUUUUUUGGCGGAAAAAUGCAAUAUUGCUCAGAAUUACCUUAUCUUUAUCAUAAUAAGGUAUAAUGCCUUUAAAACAGAGGUUAAUGGAAAACUUAAGAUUAUAAUUUUGACAACGUACCAUAAGCUAUGAUUACUCUAUUUGCACUAGCAACACUAGAAAAUUGGCCAGAUAUUAUGUAUAACACAAUCAACUCAUAGGGAGUAGAAAUAGGUCCAGCAAUUAAUGCAUCUCCUCUCAAUGGGUAUUUUUUCGUUGUUUACAUAUUGAUUGGAAGUUUCUUGUUCCUCAAUUUAUUCGUCGGUGUUAUCUUCAAAGAAUUUUAGGAUGCCUAGGAAGAAGAAAAGGCAAGUCUUAUGCUGAAAGAAUAAUAAGCAAAAUGGGUAGAUAUAAUGAAAAUGAUUAUCAAUUCAAACCCAGAUCUAGAAACUACCAACAAACCAAAAUAAUUGUGGAGAGCUUAAAUUCAUUCUGUAAUGACAGGCGCGUGCUUCAAAUAUAAUUAUGUUGACAUCUUUAUUAUGACCUGCAUAGUUCUAAAUAUGUUCUAAAUGGCUAUUAAUUUUGAGGGCUCAUCUUUAGAGUACAAUAAUAUGCUAGAUUACAUAAACUACUUUUUCACUGGAAUAUUUGCACUCGAAUGUCUUUUUAAACUUCUUGCUUAUGGAGGCAGUUAUUUUAAAACUUCUUGGAAUAUUUUCGAUUUUUGUGUGGUAUCCGCAAGUUUUUUCGAUAUUGUUAUGAAUCAAUUGAGCACCAAUUCACUGAAGUUUCUCAGAGUAGGACCAUAACUAGCAAGAGUAAUGAGAGUAAUGAGAGUUUCUAGAUUAUUUAGGCUUAUCAAUAAGUAUAAGGGACUAUAAGCACUUAUCUAAACCAUUACAUUUUCUUUGCCUUCUCUAUUUAAUGUAUUCUCUUUGCUUAUGCUGGUAUAUUUCAUUUUUGCCGUGCUUGGAAAUUUCCUAUUUAGAGGUAUAACAAAAGGGUAAGUAGUAGAUGAGAACACAAAUUUUAUAAACUUCAGCGCCUCAAUGAUGACAAUGAUCAGAAUGUCAACUGGAGAAGAUUGGAUUUAUGUAAUGUAUGACUGUAUGAGAACCGAAGAGGACAACUGUAUUCCAGGUUAAAACUGUGGUAUUAACUAUGCCCCAGUCUUCUUUAUUCCCUACAUUAUGAUAACAUAGUUCAUCAUGUUGAAUCUAUUUAUUAUGGUUAUUAUUCAACAAUUCGAAAUCUAUUAUCUUCAGGAGGAUAAUGUAUUGGAAAGAUUUAAGGAUGAUUUAGUACUUUUUAAGAAGAACUGGACUAGAUUUACUGCAGACCAUGAUUGUCUCAAGCUUAAAGAUACUAAGCUGGUUAAUUAUUUCAGAGCUAUGGAUCCACCAUUGGGCAUGAGUGAUAAGAGUGAUAAGGACAUCAUUAAGGAUGUAGUUCUUAUGGAGCUAUAGAGCGAUGAGGAUGGGUUUGUGUACUUCCAUGAGCUUCUUUACAGAACCAUGAGAAGGUACUAUGGUGAGCUGCAUGUGAAAAAUAAGAUUCUAGUCGACCAUGAACUUCGAACUAUGCAAAAGAUAGAAGCAAUUAAGAUGAAAAUGAAAAAGAAAUCCUUAAAGAACGAGAGAAACUAGGCAGCUCAAGUCAAUCCAUUUAUGCUACAGAUGUAUAUGAAUAUAUCUUUCAAGGCCUGGAAAAAUCAAUACUCUACCAACAAGGACAAAAGAGAAUAAGAAAAGGUAUACCUAGAGUAGCACAAUUAAGAUAAUUUCGAUCUUCUUUCUGAAGAUACCUUCUAGAUGAAUGAGACUAGAAAAUCAGAGCAACUUUAGCAAGAAUGGGAAUAUGUAACUGAGGAGGAUAUUGAAUGCUCAGAUGAAGAUGAUGAUAGAAGCUCAUAUGAAGAUGAUAGUGAAGAGGAAGAAGAAGACGAGGAUGAAGAUUCCUCAAGAAUGCUCAGACAAAGACCUGUUAAUGUAUCUCAUGUAGUUGCUAACAGAAAAAAGCUUUAAAGUAUCCUAAAGUCCAGUAAGGCAGCAUCUAGAGAGCUAUCUAAGAGUCUCCAUAAUACUUCAGAAGCUGAAAUAAAAAUAAAAUAAGAGGAAAAUGCAUCUCCUCCAUCACUUGCUGUGAAAUAAGAUGGCUAAGUCAAAAGACUUUCAACUAGAAGCAAUCUAACGGUUGAAGUACCAAAGAAGAGAAUAAGUAAUAGCUAGAGACCUCCUAGCAAUAGAAUAACUAAUGAGAAUGAAAAUAAUUCAAAGCCAAGUGGUAGAUCACCAAUAUUACUUUAAGAAAAUGUAGUUAUUCCAACUACUCAUUAAUAAUUCAGAUUUGAUCUGGAUAAGGUGAAUGGUCAACAACAUCAGUAAAUCAAAUCUCCUCAGCCUUUUAAGAUAAAAGAGCAGAGUGUUGUUCCUGAGAUCAAUACUCAGAGGAUUUAGUCCAACUCUCAUACAGCUGGAUAGCAAUCUCACAGGAAGCGAGACAAUGUUAUAGUAAGUAGCAGAUCAGGGUCUUAGGGAGACUUAAGAGAUGGGGAUUCAGUUGGAGAUGACAGAGACCAAUUGUAAGAUCAUGACCCAAUGGGAAGAAGCAUGAAAGAUGAUGAGAACUCUGAUCAAAUAGUUCUACUAAAGAUCAAUAUGAAUGCAAAUGCAAAUGGUUAGCAACUCAUAAAUACUAAUGUGGACAACUUGCCUAAUUAAAAGCAUUAUCAUAAGUGA